GUGUUCAUCUGUGGAGAGAGCCGCCAGUUCGCCCAGUGCCUCGUCGUCGGCUUCCUGUUCCUGACCAGCGGCAUGCUGAUCAGCGUCCUGGGCAUUUGGGUCCCGGGAUGUGGCUCCAGCUGGGGACGGGAGCCCCUGAACGAGACGGACACGGCCGACGCAGAGCCCCAGGCCUGUGGGCUGCUUUCCCUGCAGAUCAUGGGACCCUUGGUUGUGCUUGUGGGGCUGUGCUUCUUUGUGGUGGCCCACGUGAAGAAGAGAAACAACUUGAGUGCUGGCCGGGAUGCUUCUGAAAGGGAAGAGGGUCAGACCCAGAGUGCGGAGCCCGUCCAGGUCACUGUAGGUGAUUCGGUGAUAGUAUUCCCACCCCCUCCACCGCCCUACUUUCCAGAGUCUUCGGCUUCUGCGGUGACACGAAGUCCUGGGGCCAGCAGUGUCCUUCCCCGUGAAAGUCCGCCUUCAUAUUACAGCAUUUUUAACUAUGGGACCUCGACUCCUGAGAGUCAGGCUGCGGCCUCUGAGAGAGAUCGUGAAUCGAUAUAUACCAUUUCUGGGCCAAAUUUCUCCUCCGACAUCACACACGCUCCGUAUCUCUCGUCUGAAUUGCCUCCCAGAUAUGAAGAAAAGGAAAAUGCCACGGCUGCAUCCUUGUCUCCGCCUUCUGAGCCGUCCCCGCCAUGA